GUUUGCUUGCUCGCUUCGGGCCUUAUUAUGCAGGGACUUGGGAAGACAGAGAGAGGGGAACAGGGCCGAGACAUCGACCUGACGUCGCUGAGAUCCACCAUGCCAGCCAGCGGCCCUCUGCAGGGAGGUGCACCCUCUAAUCUGAAUAUGAACCUAUACGCCACCAAGAAAACAGCGGCUGAGGGCAUGCUGGACAUCGCUCUGUUCCUGGCGAACAUCACACACAUGAAGACCGUCAUCGAACAGGGAGCUGGAUACAGGUACUACGCUGCCGUCCUGACACUCAUCUCCUUCUCCCUGGCCCUCCAGAUAGUGGCUGGAGUCCUGAUCAUCAUCAUCGGCCGUCGGGACCUGAAUAACUCCACCCUGCAGAGUCGUCUGGAUUACCUGAACAACGUAACGACCACCAUCGUCUUCAUCACCACUGUCCUCAACUUCUUCAUCAGCACCUUCGGCAUGCAGCGAACUGGACACUUCCCAUGGCUCAUGAUGCGCAUUCACUGACACACACAUAAACACACUUGUGCUGAUUAUUAUACACUCGCCAUAGCUCAUAACUUACAUACAUACUAUACAUAGAUUGGACUUUUUGCAUUCAUUCUUGACCUUAACAUUUGGUCUGUUUUUUUAACAUAACUGUUGUAAAUGUGUUGCAUGUUAAAGGGACUAAAUGUAAGAAACAGAAAUUGCUUGUUAACAGUGACACCUCUUAUGAAAAACAUUUAAUAAACAUGUUAGGGUUUUUCCUAAUUUUUAAAAAAAAAAAUCAUGAUUUUGACGAAUAAUAAAAGUGUGAUUUUUCAAAUGAUCCAAAAAUUCCAGAGUUGUAAUGUUGUAUACUUGGCCAAAGUAUGUCCAUAUCAAAUUUCAAGACUUUUAGCCAAUCAGAACAAAUGUUGGUGCAUUUUUUCCUUAUCAUACUAAAUAUAUAGUCUUUGGGUACAAAUGGGUGGGGUUGUUACAUCUAUAAGAAUGCAUUAUAUUAAAUUAGCUGAUCAUUUUUUCAUCCCAAAGUGGUCCCAGGUCUUAAACCUAAGAAACACAAUAUUUAGUUAUUAGAGUUAUUUCUUUCAAAAUGAUACAAUUUAUACAAAGACACAUGGAACCUGAACCGGCUAUGUGACUUGAGUUGAGGACACACCUGCACAUAUACUGUAGAUUCCCAGUCAAGAGUCUUAUCCCAUUUUGGAUCAUAUUAUGAUGACGUUAUAAUAAUAUGGAACAUAAUUAAUCUAGUCAUUUAUACAUGAUUCAUAUACAGGGUGAUGGUAAAUGGCUGAUAAAAGCGAGGAAAAUUGGAAAUGUGGUGAUAAAAAUCUGCAAUGUUGCUUGGGGAAAAUAGAGUUUAAUGAUUAAAUUUGUGCCAAGAACUAGUAUCAAGUUGAGGUAUAUUUUGAUCAUCAACAAUGCUUUAACAUCACUUAAAAGAAUAAAAUAAAGAAAUUCA